GUGCCCCUGGGUUGACUCUUGGAACCCUAACCCUCGUGCAUUGACCGUUUGCGCCGAUUAGUUGUGAUUCUGCGGCGGGCUCAAUUGUAUACCAAGUAUAGGAUGCGCACAGGCGCCGUUCCUUGGUACAUAGUGUGCGCCGAUGAGUGAGGUCCAGUGGCGUUCAGGGACCUUAUCGACGCUUGUUUAUCCGUCUUAUCUGAACUUUCGUUGGGGGCCGUGCCUCCUGUUUCGCCGCCGCUCUCGCUGAUUGCGACAUCCACCUACGACGGCCAUCACCAACCGCCUGAUCCUUCUCAAAAGAUACUGCAGGGUCGUCUAUUGAAUAAACACGCCCGAAUAUCAUGGGCUUCCUCGAGUGGCUGAUGCCCCCAAGUAUCUUCAAUGUGUUCCAAACACGCCUGCUAGAAAACGGGCAAGGUGCUCAGCCGGAGCCCGAUUUCAGGCCGGCUCUCCUGGUGGUUGACAUGCAAGAGGACUUCUGCCCACCGAACGGCACCCUGGCAGUCACCGGCGGCCGCUCCAUAACCCCCCUAAUCAACACCCUCCUCUCCUCCCCUCUCUUCGUCCUCCGCAUCGCCACAAAGGACUGGCACCCGCCCAACCACAUCUCCUUCGCCUCCAACCACAACCACGCCUCCUCCCCAUCCCCCUGCUGCCCUGACUCCUCCGGAAAAGCCGCCAUCCCCUUCCUGUCCACCACCACCGUCCACAACCCCCACAACCCCUCCGAGUCCUACACUACCCGCCUCUGGCCCUCGCACUGCAUCGCCGACACCCCCGGCGCUAGCCUCAUCCCCGAGCUGGACGUUUCCAAAAUCGACCAGAUCCUCGAAAAGGGAACCAACCGCCUUGUCGAAAUGUACUCGGCCUUUUACGACCCCUUCACCUCACCCCGCGUGAGCGAUUCGGGCCUCGCACACAUGUUGAGGGAGGCCAAGGUAACGCACGUCUAUGUGGUGGGGCUGGCGGCCGAUUAUUGCGUGUGGAGCACGGCGAUGGAUGCACAUAACGAAGGGUUUGAGACGGUGGUGGUGGAGGAGGCGACGAAGCCUGUUGAUGAGGACGGGUGGAGGAGGUGUAAGGAGGCGCUUGUGGGGGAGCCGGGGGUGAGGGUUGUGAGGUGGGAGGGAGAGGAGGUUAGAAGGCUGUUUCCUGGGGGUUUGGUGACAACAACUGUCGGUGCUGGGAAUGACGAGGAGGUAGUGGAGGAGGAGGAGGAGGAGGAGAAGAUUUGAGGAGGUGGAAGGAAAGGGAGGGAGGAAAAUUGAAACUGGAACUGCUGGCGGGGAUGGACGAGGUCAGCGGGAAAAGGCUUUGGCUUUUUGUUGUGCUUUUGUAGGCGGGUGAAGAGGUACCUUAUAUGCAGCGUUGGCUGCUCGGUCGUUCAACGGGAGCAUGACAACAUGCAGUGCACAGGCAUGGCAUGGCGGCCAUGCUUCAGGGCGGAUACUGCGUUGCUUCGGCGCCUGCGUUGCGUUGCGUUGCGUUGCGUUGCGUUGCGUUACGAGCUUUAGAUUGUUUAUUUGUUUUCAUUUUCAUUCCACGGCCGAUUAUAGCUGACUUUGUUUAGGCUUAGCGAUGAGCGCUCUUAGCGAUACAUUCUUGAUACCCUUUCAGGAAGAUGACGAGCAGAUACCGACAUGUGUUGUGCAAUAUCAUGGCGAUUUGAAGGGGAAGCUUUGCCAUGUGUCAGUACACUGCCUAGUAUUCGGCAUCCCGCUCAACGCGGAUUUAAAAAAAAAAAAAAAGAAAAAAAAAAAAAAAAAAAAAA